AUGGACAUUAAGAUGAAAAUAAUAGAUACUCAGGACUUCAAAAUUGGGGAGGUCACUAGGGGUGGAGGAACUGAAGUCAGAAGCAUUAUGGUUAUUCCAGAUCUCUACAUGAAUGCCAAAGGAGGGACAGCGUCCAACUUUGAGUGGCUGAAGAAUCUAAAUCAUGUCAGCUAUGGCUGUUUGACCUUCAAAUAUGAAAGGGAGUGUAACUACCACUUGCUAAUAUCUGUUCAAGAGAAUUUAGCAAGAAAAUUUGGAAAGCACAGUGGAACUAUUCUCAUUAUACCCACAGCAGAGUUCCAAGACAGGAUAUCAGGUGCAUCAGAGAAAAACACCAUACAUGCUGACUUGGUGUACGCAAUGGAGAGUUCUGCCAGGCAAAUUUUGUGCAUAGCCAUGAGGUAUAACCUGGGAUUGGACAUGAGGACCACCGUCUAUGUCAACGUCAUUGAGAAAGUGUUCAAAGUAUACAAUGAAGCCAGAGUGACCUUCACGUAG